AUGACAUUAGAGAAGCUUUAUAUGUGGGAAGCGAAACUUUUCGCAGAAGUUACAGUCGAAGAAAAGCUUAGGGUUUUGUAUGAAAGAGGGUAUAAGGUUCUGAAGAAACUUGAUCAAACCGGAGCAGAACCGAGCAAGAUUUACGAGGCUGAAGCUGUGGUAAAACUCCAUUUAUCCAAGAUUAAUGUUGCGGUUAGAGCGGUCGAAACGAUUUCUAUGAGAAUUCAUAAGAUAAGAGACGAAGAGCUUUGGUUUCAGGUUAUUGAGAUCAUUAACGGAUUCAAAGAAAUGUGGAGAUUCUUGGCGAAAUGUCACCAUAAGCAGUUUCGAGCGAUCACGAGAAGCAAGUCUUGUGUCCACAUUGUUGAAAAAGGAUCGAGCUCGAGGAAAGCGACGCAGAAGGUGGAAGAACAGAUUAGAAGAUACAGAGAAUCAUUGAGAGGUUACAUUGAUGCACAUAGAGGUUUCGUUAAGCUCUUAAACGAAUGGCUAAACCGAAACAUCACGGAGGACGAUGAAACCGAGAUCGAGGCUCCAGAGAUAUUUAGGGUUUGUAGCGAAUGGUUAAGAGAGAUUGAGAGUGUGGAGGAAGUCAAAGUAUUGAGUGCUGUUGAAGAAAUGAGAUUGAUAUUUCAAGGGUUAGGGUUCAAGCAAAUAGAGGAAGAGAAACAGAGGAUGAGAACAGAGAGGCUGUGUAAGGAGUUAGAGAAGAAAACGAAUGGGGCCGAGGAGAUUUUGGGAACCGCGUUUGUUUUUCCGGCGAGUGAUUCUGGUCCGGCGAAGAAGAUGAUGAUGGAACCGGAAUUCCGUAAAUAA